GACCAAGAUGUUUUGACGCAGGGAGUAGAGCGUCAUAGACGUCUCCAAACGCACAUCAAACUUCCACUGGCGCUCCCGAGGAUGAUCUGAAGGAGGCCUUUCCGAAGUUGCAGACGGUCGGAUUUUGAAAGGAAGAUGACAUUGGAGCCAACGGCAUCUUCUCUUUGGCACAAACCGGCCGUUUAACCUCGUAAUUUAAUUUCCAUCCAGUCCAGCCAUCCCACAGUCUAUUGAAAGGUGAGGAUGGAGCGCGCACCCAGCGCCCCAAGUCCUCCUCCCAAAGCGGCCCAGCACGAACCCAUCAGCUUCGGUAUCGACCAGAUACUCAGUAGCGGUGCUGACUCAGAGACCGGACGGACCAGCAGCAGAUACGGUUCGGAUACAAGCAGUGGAGACGGUUACCGUUUGGGAAGCCCAACUGGAGGGAGCGCUGCCUCCUACACUGCGCUGUCCAUCUCCCUCUCCGGCAUGGUACCACAGUUAGAGGACCCUGGUUUGUACGGAGUGAACUGUAGCCUGGGUAGCAGAGGAGUGAUCCGGGUGCCUGCUCACAGACCGUUGACUACCUCCGGGCCGCCGCACUUGAUGAGCGCUGUACCCGGGUAUGGAGGCCUGUGUUACCCGUGGGUCGGGAAUAGGUUCGCCAAGGAAAGGUUAUCAGCUCUCGUGCCAUUUACGGUGACCAGGCGAAUAGGUCAUCCAUACCAGAACCGCACGCCGCCCAAACGGAAAAAGCCUCGGACAUCGUUCUCCCGUGUGCAGAUUUGUGAGUUGGAGAAGCGCUUCCACCGGCAGAAGUACCUCGCGAGCGCCGAGCGGGCCACCCUUGCCAAGAGCCUGAAGAUGACGGAUGCGCAAGUCAAGACCUGGUUCCAGAACCGACGGACAAAAUGGAGGAGACAGACAGCGGAGGAAAGGGAGGCUGAGCGUCAACAGGCCAAUCGGCUGAUCCUGCAACUGCAGGCCGACGCCCUCCACAAGUCCCUCGGCGAAUCAGCAGGCUCCGACCCACUGUGCUCACAUAACUCCUCCCUGUACGCCCUGCAGAACAUGCAGCCCUGGGCCGAGGAGAGGGAGUAGGAGGAAGUCUUCCCCCAACCGCUGUUCCAGGGUCACACAUUUGUUCAUCUGUCCAAUUGGGGUGAUCCGAUCUGAUCCUAGAUGAUUUGAUGGUGCCAAAAUGGAGGGUAUGGACAGUGUGAUGCCCCUUUGAGAUUGUGUAGAGACUAGGCGUCUGAUAGGACCACACCCUCAACCUGAAUGAAUGACUGCACUGUCGACAUUACACAAGCACCGUUACCAGUUUCCGCAAGUGUUUUUACCCCUAUCUGGCCUUAUGUCACAUUCCACACUGUGUCUCUAUGGCUAAAGACUGAGGUUGUAGACUAAAAUUGACAGGGAAGGAUAGGAGGAGGAGUGUGUGUAAGGUAGAGGGAUUUAUAGAGGGAGGAAUUGGACAGGGGGGCAGAAGGAUGCAUGUCAUGUUGGUAAUGAAACUAAAACAUCCUCUAAUGUUUCAUUUGUGACACAUUUCCUAAUAGGAUGUAAAUGUUUCAUAAUUUGUACUUAGGAUGUAUACAUAUGUAAAUAACGAUAUAAACUCUUCACUUGA